GCGGCUCGGGCGGUGGCGGCGGGGGGCGGGGUCUGGGCGGGACCGGGGCGGGGCCAGGCCUGCACCGGGCCAGGCAAGAUGGCGGCGAUGGAGACCCAGUCGGCACCGCUGACCCUAGAAUCGCUGCCGACCGAUCCCCUGCUCCUCAUCUUAUCCUUCUUGGACUACCGGGACCUAAUCAAUUGUUGCUAUGUCAGUCGAAGGCUUAGCCAGCUAUCAAGUCAUGAUCCGCUGUGGAGAAGACAUUGCAAAAAAUACUGGCUGAUAUCUGAGGAAGAGAAAACACAGAAGAAUCAGUGUUGGAAAUCUCUCUUCAUAGAUACUUACUCUGAUGUAGGAAGAUACAUUGACCAUUAUGCUGCUAUUAAAAAGGCCUGGGAUGAUCUCAAGAAAUAUUUGGAGCCCAGAUGUCCUCGGAUGGUUUUGUCUCUGAAAGAGGGCGCUCGAGAGGAAGACCUAGAUGCAGUGGAAGCUCAGAUUGGUUGCAAGCUUCCUGAUGAUUAUCGAUGUUCAUAUCGUAUCCACAAUGGGCAGAAGUUAGUGGUUCCUGGGUUGUUGGGAAGUAUGGCGCUGUCCAAUCACUAUCGUUCUGAGGAUUUGUUAGACGUCGAUACGGCUGCUGGAGGCUUCCAGCAGAGACAGGGACUGAAAUACUGUCUCCCUUUAACUUUUUGCAUACAUACUGGUUUGAGUCAAUACAUAGCAGUGGAAGCUGCCGAGGGCCGAAACAAAAAUGAAGUUUUCUACCAAUGUCCAGACCAAAUGGCUCGGAAUCCAGCUGCUAUUGACAUGUUUAUCAUAGGUGCUACUUUUACUGACUGGUUUACUUCUUAUGUCAACAAUGUUGUAUCGGGUGGCUUCCCUAUCAUCAGAGACCAGAUUUUCAGAUAUGUUCAUGAUCCAGAGUGUGUAGCAACAACUGGGGACAUUACAGUGUCAGUUUCCACGUCGUUUCUGCCAGAACUUAGCUCUGUGCAUCCACCCCACUACUUCUUCACAUACCGAAUCAGGAUUGAAAUGUCAAAGGAUGCACUUCCUGAGAAGGCUUGUCAGUUGGACAGUCGCUAUUGGAGAAUAACGAAUGCUAAAGGUGAUGUAGAAGAAGUUCAAGGACCUGGAGUAGUUGGUGAAUUUCCAAUCAUCAGCCCAGGUCGGGUAUAUGAAUACACAAGUUGUACCACAUUUUCUACAACAUCAGGAUAUAUGGAAGGAUAUUAUACCUUCCAUUUUCUUUACUUUAAAGACAAGAUCUUUAAUGUUGCUAUUCCCCGAUUCCAUAUGGCUUGUCCAACAUUCAGGGUGUCUAUAGCCCGAUUGGAAAUGGGUCCUGACGAAUAUGAAGAGAUGGAAGAGGAAGAAGAAGAGGAGGAGGAGGAAGACGAUGACGAUUCGGCAGAUAUGGACGAAUCUGAUGAAGAUGACGAGGAAGAGAGACGAAGGAGAGUCUUUGAUGUUCCCAUUCGCAGGCGCCGCUGCUCUCGCCUUUUCUAGCAAGGAUCUGCAGGCGGGAAGCACUGGCAUGAAUCCAGUUUGUUAAGUAGAUUGCUCAAUAAUGUAAAUAACUAAAUUGUUCUCAGCACAUAGCAGGAAAACUAGCAUGAAAUGUUGUUCCAGGCCCUGGGUUCUCUGCGACACUGCAUUAGGAAUUGGAUUGUUUUGGUUUGCUUUGUGUUUCUGAGGUAGAGGAGGAAAUGGGAAUCUUUUUUUUUUUUUCUUCUUUUUUUCCCCCUCUUCUAGAAGUCCAUGGGUGAAUAGUUCUCUAGCUAAAGAAAGACACUGCUUUGCUUUAAAAGAUUUUAUACUUCUACAGAUAGGGAAAUGGGAGGGAACUGUUUUGAAUAAGGAUUUUUAAAUGUAGCAGAAAUACCUACACAGGGAUAGAGAGAAACUAUGUGACUGAAUGAUCCUGUGAAAAGACUUCUUGCAGUUGUGAAUUAUUUAGAAAUGAACAGAAUUUGUAAUUAGGCUAAUCCAUUUAGUGAUUCCUAUAUAUUUUGUACUCCCGGGGAACUAAUUGACCUAAUAGUUUGAAUGCUAGUUGUUUGUCCUUUCUUAGACAAUCUGUCCUUGAAUUUAAAGUUUUCAUCACUACAACCUCGAACUUAAAGUCUUUAUCACUAUGACCUUGGCCUUGCAUUCAGUCUUCAACUCUACCAACCUUGAAUUUAAUUUAAAACCUUCAACAUGACAACCUUGAAUUUAAUUUAAAGUCUUUAGUGCAAUGACCUUUUUUCAUAUUGUUCACAGAUGCAUCGUUUUCGAAAUGUGUGUAAAGCUAUGUGUUGUGUUGUUUAUUAACAGAAGAAUCUUCACGAUGUCUCAUGUAGUCUAAAUCUGUAAAUACUGCUUCUAUUUUGUUUCUCCUUUAUACACUUGACUGUCUAACUUUGUGAUAAGUGACAUGAAUUUUAUGUUAAGUAUAAACAUGAAUUUUUUUUGUAAUUAUACAAUUAAGAGUUUGGAAUGACAUCCUCCAAGUGGCAAAAACUCACAUUUUAAAAACGAAUUUUGGUUCUGA